AGCGCAGAACAGCGCAGCAGACAGACUCUCUCCACUGUGUCCUUCACCGCCGGGAUUAUUAUUUCCUCUCCGUCUUUACAGACCUGCUCUCUAAAUGAAGCUUGGUUCUUCUCCGUGAUUUCUUCGCCAUGAGCUGCCUGGAUGUGAUGUACCAAGUGUUUGGUCCUCAGCCCUAUUUCAGCUCCUACAGCCCCUAUCACCACCAGAAACUGGCCUUGUAUUCCAAAAUGCAAGAUCCCCAGGACAGCGCCAGCCGGCUCGGCCCCCUGGGCCCUCCGGCGAUCAAAGAGGAGGACAAGGAGCUGCCGCCGGGUGCCGAGUACCUAAGCUCCCGCUGCGUCCUCUUCACUUACUUCCAGGGAGACAUCAGCGCUGUGGUGGACGAGCACUUCAGCCGAGCCCUCAGCCACACAACUGCAUACCCUGCUUCAAGCAGCCACAAGGCCGUAAGAGAUGGAUCAUUCCCUAUGAGCCAGAGAAGUUUCCCUCCGUCUUUCUGGAACAGUUCCUACCAGCCCUCAGUCUCCUCGACCCUAGGCAGCGCUCUGUCAGCUCCCCACACAGAGCUCCCCUUCCCUGCGGACCCGUACUCCUCCUCCUCCCUGCACAGCCAUCUCCACCAGCCCAGCCCUGACGCCUGGCACCCAUCCCAUCAUCAUCACCAUCACCACCACCACCCUUACUCACUAGGGGGCACUAUAGGCACCCAAGGCUCAGCAUAUACACGUCCGGGGGGACACGAGAUGUACAGCACAGCGUUCGACCCCCGCUACGGUUCUCUGCUGGUGCCAUCAGUGAGGCCUCAUCACCGUCUGACGUCCUGCAGCUCGGUACCGGGGCCCAGCGCCUCGCCCUGUGACCUGGGAGGGAAGGGGGAGUCAGGUACGGCUUCUGCCUGGAGCGGUGCUUUCACCGGAGCCGGAGCAGAGAUCGGACUAAACGUUGACACAGGUCUGCAGGCACAGGAUAAGAGCAAGGAUUUGUAUUGGUUUUAGAGACUGCUGAGACUCUUCCCCACUCUUCACUCCUACUUCAGCUGUAGCUUCUUUCCUCCACUCCUGCUCUACUCUGUUGCUCUGCUGCUGUUAUGGGAUGACUGACAGAAACUGAAAAUCGGUCAGACGUCCGUUUUGUGCUGUUAACAGCUUCUGGUCUAAUUGCAGCGCGGUGUUACAGCGGUCUGUGCAGCAGCAGCGCAGCCCUGCUGAGCUGAAAGCUGAAAGUGUGGAUAGAAAGGGAUCGUGGAAACAAAAGUGGACUCACGGAGGAGUGAGAGAAUCUGAUCUUGACGGAUGUGGACAAAGACAAGACUCUUUGUGCUUCUGUAACAGGCAGGGACAACAUUCCUAAACUGGAAAAAGUCUGGGGACAGACAGACAGAGACAUGUGUUGUCAAACUCCAAAGCCAGGCGCUUGAAGGACUUGGCAGAACUUGCCUUACUGGGACAACUGGGCUACAGACAUGGGAGUGUUAUGGCUGGAGGAAAGGUCGUUUUGGUGUUGAGGAGACUGCACAGCAAGAAUUUGGCAGACGGCAAAAGCAGGAUGAGUCCGAACACUGUUUUACAAGGAGUAUUGAUUCAAUGUCAACUAAAAACUGUCAGUAUUUUAUGGCAAAGAAAAAGUUAGUUUUGGAUGGUUUUCAACUGAUAAUCUUAUAUUUAUGUAAUGGUUAACCAAACAACUCCAAUUGCAAAACUGUGUACAAACUCCAAGCAGGUUUUGACCAUACUGAAACAAGAUAAAGUGUAGUCUGUAUGCAUACUAAAUCCUUUUGAUUUAUGAGCGUAGGAUGCAGUCGAUGUACUCUAGUGUCCCACAGUGCACUGCUCAAAGGAAACGGAAGAGUUGCUGACAGCUGCAAAAAAUAAAAUGCCCUGGAGAGAUGGAAGAUGUUAGAAAACACAUAAUUAUUAAGUCUUUCUUUCUCUCUUUUUGGCAAAGUCACAGUUUUGACUGAUAUCCAUUGGGGCACAUACUGCUUCCAUUCCUGUUAGUACAGUUGAGUUUCUUGUACACCAAGUUCACAGUGUAAUAUGGCAAUUUGUAAAUAAACUAGCGCACACACAUACUGUUAAAAUGUAGUAUGGAAUUGGGACACACUUGUCCCAGUAAGAUCUUACAAUGACUAGGAGGUAAUAAUGGAUUUGGUGAUUGGUGAUUUGCAAAUCAAAUAACAUCUUGAAAACUAUGUUAAAAUCUUGGAUAAGGUUGUAAAGAAAAUUCAGAUAUCGAGAUUACAUACAGUAUCUCUUGAUUGUUUUUUCAAUCAAAGGAAUUCAUUACCUAUAUUUUAACAUGUAGGGUGUCUACCCUAGGGUCUCAGAGAAGCAGUCACUGAAAUUACUGCUGGGCAGAAAAUAAAUUGAGAACAAUGUUUAGAAUCAGUAAAUAAUUGAAGUCAUUUAUCAGGCUCCAAACAUUUUCUGCUCAAAGCCUCUCAAAUGUGUGGAUUUGCUGGUUCUCUGUUGGUGAUUGAAUACUUUUGGGUUUUUAUGAGAUGAAUAUGUCAACGUUAAUUUAAAAAAGGUUUUGCAAAAUUAAAAACUAAGUUUAGAUGGCUUGCACAAUGUUUUGAUAGGCGGAAAACAAAUCUCUGCAAACAUUAUUUUGCAUUUGCAUUUGGGCUGAGUUGACCCAAAAACCUGCCCACACAUUUGUCAGCUUGGGAGUCGCGUGAUUUCUGGAGGUGUUGUCUUACAGCUCUGGUCUGAAUCAUUUUUCCCCCACCACAUAUUCCACAACUCUGCCUCUGAUUGGGUAGUACUUUUUGGUUAAGGUUAGGGUAAGAGUAAGGUCUGGGUUAGCCAGUCAGAGGCAGAGUAGGUUCAGAACUUAACACAAAUAUCGUGUCCAUUAAUAUUAUGGUGGUAAAAAAAAUAACACUCUGAAACUCCAUAACACAUGGUCAUAAAAAAGGUGCAGUUAAGAUACAGUUCCAUGUAAUAUUUACCAGGUUAGGUGGGAUUGAUAGACUGCUCCGCCAUUGACUGACGCAAACAGGAUCGCGGUCAGGAUGCCAUCUGCAGUAGAUAACCAGUUAACUAGUGCCUGCUGUUUUAACGUUUCAGAACCUUUUCACUAGCAUAGUUGUAAAGGUUUCAAACCUGGAAAACAAGAAGAGGGAGAAUAGUGACAAAUUUUAAACUCUGUAAAAAAUUCUGCCUAUCAAAGCAUAAUGCAAGCCUUCAAUCUUAGAAAACCUUUUUCAUAAGUUUCUUUCAGUUUUGAGAUGUGCCAAAAUAUUCCUCCCACAAAAACAAUUUAAAGACAUCACCUUGGCCUCUGUUAAUUUACAAUGGACAUUUUCCUCUAUUUAUUUUACAGUUAAUACCCUAAACAAUGAAUGAAUCAAUUAAAAUAUAAUGGAAUAAUAAAUAACGCAAAUGAGAAUCAGUUGCCACCCUUAUUUAAGUGUUAUUCAAACAUGGUAUAUUUUUGUAACUUAGAUGUUCAAAUAAAUCACUUUUAGUCCAGUUUUAACCUUAAUGUCCAUCUUUUGACCUGAAAAAUAAAAGUCUCGGUGCAAAAUAGUGACAACUGCUUCUUUUGGUUGUAUUCCUGAGUCAUACAAAAAUGACAGAUGUCACAGAUUGUCAAGAGACAAGAACCAACCCUCUGCCUAUGAAAUAAAAAUAACCUCAGGUGUUAAGAAAUUUGAGUGUCAACGUCUUUUCAAUGUAAAGCUGUUUGAUGGGCUAAACUGAGAAAAGAAAGCCUACCUACCUACUGCAUAUACAAAGAGAAUGAAUACCCUGAUGAGAGUGCCCCCGCCUCAGGAGCAGAAAGAUGAGCAAUCACCAUUACACCUCUACACUUACCUCCAGAGUGGACUGAACUGUAUACUAUGAAACAUCAUUUUAUGGUGAAAGCACAGAUUAAAAAACAACAUGACUGUGUUAACAAAAGAAAUGUAAACUUCACACCAGUGGCUGCUGAGGUGGGAGGG